UCUCUCGUCGGAGGUGCAGCAGGGAAAAUCGAUCAAGACGUGAUCAACAAUAACGAUUACGAAUCAGCGUGGAAGAUGCUCGAGGACACCUACGAAGACGAGCGACUCAUCAUCGACACACACAUAGACGCUUUGCUCGCACUACCAAAGAUGAAUAGUGAGAACGGUAAUGAAUUGCGGAAUUUGCUUGAUAUCUGCACGAAACACGUCGAUGCAUUGAAGAACCGAUCGUUACCAGUCGAAGGUCUUGCCGAGAUGAUCCUGCUCAAUGUCAUUGCCAAACGCCACACGAAAACUAUGGGAAUCGCAAAUCCCGUCAGAUGAACUGCCCACCUACACCGAGACGAUCGAUUUCCUUCGAGAACGAAGCCGUAUACUCCAGAAGAUGAAAGGCUACAACGAACUACGUCCAUCAGUUUCCACGAGACAGAAAGGUAAACCAUCCGACAUCAAGCCCGUCCAAAGCAGGAAUUUUGUGCAAACGUCGAAUCAGUCCAAGGAAUCGUGUGCAUGCUGUGGAAAUGAACACCUAAUCUACAAGUGCGACGUGUUCAAGGACAUGACGAUAAGCGAGCGAUACACCAAAGUGAAGCAGACUGGCCUUUGCUUUAAUUGCCUACGACGAGGUCAUCGUACUGGAGAAUGCAACUCGGAUAGAACGUGUAAAACAUGCAAACGAAAGCAUCAUAGUUUGCUCCAUGAGAACUAGACCACAGCUCCACAAUUUGGAGUAAGCCAGUCAUCCGCGGUAACAUCAUCAGUCCCAGAAGAACAUUGUGAAGUCGCUGGACAAGCACCAGGAAGUGUCAACUGUGCUCGAGCGGCAACGACAAAGCAAGUGCUUCUUUCGACGGCAGAGGUAGAAGUAUAUGGUUCCGGGAAUAACCGCCUAGCAUGCCGAGCUUUGUUGGAUUCCGGAUCUGACUCGCAUCUCAUCAGUGAAGCAUUCGCGAGGAAGUUGAAUAUACCAAUGGAGCGCGUUAACAUUCCAAUCAGCGGAGUGAAUAAUGCUGCGACACGAGUCAAGCACAAGCUUCAUACCACGAUUAGCUCACGUGUCAAUCCAUUCGUCGUUGAUUUGGAUUUCCUUGUCGUACCGACGAUAACUGCGAAUCUGCCCAUCACCAAGGUGGACGUGCGUUCUUGGAUCAUUCCUGCUAAUCUUGCGUUGGCAGACCCAUCGUUCCAUACUCCCGACGAAAUCCAAAUGAUUAUCGGUGCUGAACUAUUUUUCGACCUGAUCAAGACCGGCCGCAUGAAACUUGCUGAAGGAACGCCUACGUUAAUCGAAACACAGUUGGGUUGGAUUGUUAGCGGUCCGGUAAAGGCGAUACAAAUCGGCCCCACACAUGCAGUUUGCCAAUUGAACCACAUCGAUGACCAACUAAAUCGCACCCUUGUGAAGUUUUGGGAACUCGAAACCUGCAUAGAAGCAUCUCCAUAUACGCCAGCGGAACAAGCCAUCGAGGAACACUACGAGCGAACGACUUCACGCGACGAAAGUGGUCGGUACAUUGUCAAACUGCCGUUUAACCAAAACAAGAGCCAACUUGGUGACUCUUUGGAAACGGCACGAGUACGAUUCAACCGACUACUGAGAUCUUUCGCAAACGACGAGAAGAAAAAACGCUACACCGAAUUCAUGGAUGAGUACCUACACAAUUAGGCCAUAUGGCGGAAGUGCAUGACAAACCCGAGGAUUGCUA